CCGGUUCCGCGUGAGGGCGGCGGUAACGCCCGGUAGGGGCGGGGGGGGCCCGGGGGUGUCCGGGAGGGGCACCGGGACCCGGCGGGGCCGUGCCAGGCCGUGCCGUGGCAGGCCGUGCCAGGCCGUGCCGUGCCGUGGCAGGAUGGCGCUGCGCUCGUGGCGCUCGCUGUUCUCGGGCCGGCUGCUGCUCCUCACCAACACCGUGAGCUGCGGGGGGCUGCUGGCGGCGGGGGACUGCCUGCAGCAGGAGUGGCAGCGCCGCAAGCACCCCGAGAGCCAGCUGCAGCUGGGCCGCACCGGGCGCAUGUUUGCGGUGGGCUGCAGCCUGGGCCCCCUGCUGCACUACUGGUACCUGUGGCUGGACGCGGCGUUCCCGGCGCGCGGCGUGCGCGGCCUCAGGACCGUGCUGAAGAAGGUGCUCAUUGACCAGCUGGUGGCCUCGCCCAGCAUGGGAGCCUGGUACUUCAUGGCCAUGGGCACCCUGGAGGGCCAGUCUCUCCAGGAGAGCUGGGACGAGCUGAAGGAGAAGUUCUGGGAGCUGUACAAGGCCGACUGGAGCGUGUGGCCGGCGGCGCAGAUCCUCAACUUCCUCUUCGUGCCGCCCGCCUACCGCGUGGUGUACGUCAACGUGGUGACCCUGGGCUGGGACACCUACCUGUCCUACCUCAAACACCGGCCCCGCAGCCCCAGGCAGGAGCCACAGCAGAGCCAGAGCAGCGCCGGCGCCUAGAGAGGGAGCAGCCCCCCAGAGCAUCCUGAGAUGGAUUUCUGGGCAUUGUGGAACCCCCCAGGCUGGCCAGAGCCAGUGCCUGCUGCUCAUUAACUCAUCUGCUAAUUACAGCCAUGGCUUGGGGUUGUAACAAUCUGGUGUUGCAGGAGAAGCUGUGAAGUGAUUUCUUCUGGGAUUUGCCCGCAGAGCCGGGGUGAGCAGGAGCUCUGCAGCCCCUGGGCAGGGCCCUGCCUGGGUUUGCUCCCUCUGCAGAGCAAACCAGUGCCCUGCUGCUCCUCCAGCACCUUGCAGCCUCCUGGAUCCCCCUGCAUGGAUUUUGGGAAGGAAUUCUUCCCUGUGAGGGUGGUGAGGCCUGGGAUGGAAUUCCCAGAGCAGCUCCUGGAUCCUUGGCAGUGCCCAGGGCCAGGCUGGAGCAGCCUGGGAUGGUGCAAGGUGCCCCUGCCAUGGCAGGGGUGGGAAGGGAUGGGAUUUAAGCUCAUUCCAGCCCAACCCCACUCCCUGAUUCCCUCUGGCUGCUCCUCUGCUCUCCCUGCAGCUCCUCACUCCUUCCCCUCCUGCUUUUCCUCUUCCAGCUCGGGGAUAAAAUCCCUCCACUCCCCCCAGCUCGGGCGGGGGCUGCAGCCACCUGCACCCUCUAUAAAUAGGGGUGUGAUUGCAGCGCUGGGGAGGAGGCAGGGCGGUUGGAGCCAGAUUUUGGCAGAGUUUGGGCCAUCACAUCCCUCUGCUCCCAGCCCUGGGCAAGCUGGAAGCUCCCUGCAUAACCCAAGAACUGAAUUAUUUCCAGUGUCAAUGAAAAUUGCCUGAAUGGGUUUGGUUUUGUUUUUUUUUUACUUGAUUUUUAAAGCUGUGCCUUAAUGCUCUGCCCUGGUCCCUGCUGUCACACACCCGGGGGGGACUCAGCUCCUCCCUCAGCAGCAGCAGGAGCCAUUUGGGGGAUGAUAAUUUAAAAAAAUCCUAUUAAUUCUGCUCCUCUCUGGCAACUCAGGGACCCCGAGGAACUUGUGAUCAGCAUUGGUUUAUUUCUUCACAACAUUUCUUUUAAUACAGUGAUUUUUAGGAAAUUGUACUCUUUUUGACACUUUUGACAUUUGUACAGUACAGUGUAACUCUUCCAUAAGUAAACUUCACAAAAAAGAGGAGGGGAGGGGAAAGGGAGGGAGAUGGAAUCAUGGUGGGGGGAAAUAGAGGGAAACCUGUAAAAUAAAGACACAGCGCUCCAGGAAAAAUAAAUAAAGGGCAGCUCUGUCAUGGCUACGGGAAUAUCCACUUAUUCACAGUCUCCACAGAAGCACAGAACUACAGGAACACGAGAUCCCAAAUCCCUGGAGCAAAGCAGCCACGGUCCCAGCCCUGCUCCCCCCCCACGAGCCCAAACUGGGGCUGAUCUGCUCCAGCUGGCUCGGCCUGGCUGAUUAUUGAAUGAAUUUUUCAUUUGAAAUCUCAUUAUUUAAAUAAUAACAGUUUUGUCCUCGUUGGGUUGUGUGUGGGGGGGGGGAGGUGGGUGGGGUUGUUGGUUUGUUGUUUUUUUUUUGUGGGUUUUUUUUCUUUAAAAGUGAUAUUCACAAGCAAGGUUACCACACUGAGAGAAACAAAACCAAAAAAAAAAAUCAGAAUAUAUAUAUAUAUAUAUAUAUAUAAAUGCACCACCACGGCCACAGCACAGCAGGUCACGCGCACAGCGUCACUUCCUACGCCUAUUUACAAGGAAUUUCUGUAUGUACAAGGAGGAAGACGGCGGGAGCAUAAAUUAGCAUCUAUUUAUACAAAUAAACAAGAGUCAGGAAA